GAGCCACUUCGGGCAUCUCCGGCAAUUUCCGUCGUUCAGAGACGUUGGGUUCGCGCUUCCCGCGCCGCUCGGGGAUGUUCGUUCAUUUUCGUCAGCUUGCUGUUGCUGCAGAUUAAUCGGAUGAAAACGAUGACAUUCUAUUGAAGAUAAUAUCACUUUGGAGAUUGGUUUCUCCUGGAAGGAUUGAAGUAUUUAUUUUUGCAAAUGAAUAAUAGGAAUAAAAUCCACAUUUUCCUUGGGGCACCCUCCAUUUUGGCACAGCAGACAUCAUCAGCACACGAAGCAGUGACUGAAGGAAGGUGUAAGAAGUGGCUUCAGUGCCAUUUUUUAUACGAUGCAGGAUCCCUCACUGAUAAGAUCCACAGAGCUGAAUCCUCUCAGCAAAACCAUGGCGGCCAUUUUACUGCUUUGAAAUCCGGGGAAGAAGUUAUAACAGCAUCUCGGGAAAGUGCAGCUGAGAGUUUCGAUGCAUCUGUGCCAGGGCAGAGACGGAGCGGUGAGUGUGAGAGGCUGAAUGAUGAAAACCUCGGCACUAGAGAGAAAGGGAAACCAAGAGAGUUAAGCAACAGAACCCUGCUGCACUCUGAUGGAAGUCUUAAAACAUAUAACGAACGUGCUGGUGAACCCAGCAGUGAACUUUGCAUAGAUAAAGGUUUCAGGGCACCUGCGUCUGACAGAAGUGCACAAGACAGAGAAAAUGAGACUGAAUCUAGAGACCCCAGUAGUACAACAGUGCAGUGUGGAGAUUUGAAAGAAGAUGAUCAUGAAUUACCACGUGAGGCAUUAAUGGAAUAUCUGCAGAGUAACUUUCCAACCAAAGAACAAGGAUGUUGCUUCAAAGGCACAACAGUGAACCUAAGCUUAUCAACAGACUCUGAAUUCCUCAGCAUGUUGGCAGCCAGUCAAGUUGCCAUCCUCUCACAGAAAUGUUCAGAAAAUCAGGCGAAACUGAAAACUAAAUCUGAGAUGCCAUCUCAGUUAAUUUCAUCCACCUCUAGUUCUAUUAGACCUUCUGGACAUUGUGAGAGUGAGAUGGUGAGCAGACAAGAUGAUAGUUCAGGAAGUACACCAGAACUCUCCGACUUGUUGAGCAACCAGCAACUGUCCAGCAAUGAAGCUUUGGGUGGGAGGGGACCAGAAGGAUCAGAGCUGCUCUUCAGUCCCGACAUUGACUGGUCCAAUGGUGAGGUUGAGGUUAAUAUUGAACCAUACAGUGAAGGAAUCCUUUGCUCUCAGGCUGUGAACUCUCCUAAGUGGUCUUUAAAAAAUCCAUUGGAGAUCACCAAAGAGCCAGAGGAGUUCAAUGAGGAAAUCCAAACAUCAAGUUUACAUCAAGACCCACCAUCGCCCAAGAGAAUGAAGACGGCGGACUACGAGAGAACCUCUCAUCUUGGUCACUAUCUACAAUCAGCAAGGUCGCGAUGGUCAUCUCCCCGGCUUGGCUUCAUUGAGACGGAGCAGCUUAAUGGUUGCACUGACAAGAACAGGAAGUACCACAUUUUGGUCGCUGUUCUGUUCCGCUGCCUCUUGAAGGAGAUCGACAUCAAGUCGGGAUCACUGACUGGGUGCAGAGUUCCCAUAGCAACCAUCGUGGUAACGGACCAAUCAGGAGUAACCAUGAAAGUGGUGCUAUGGCGAGCUGCUGCAUUCUGGGCACUGGCUACCUUCCCUGGUGAUGUCGUAUUACUAACAGAUGUGACUGUGUAUUGGGACCACUGGCGAGGGGAGCAGGUGGUACAGUCUACCAAGAGGAGCAAACUGGCCAAGCUGGGCCCCUGUUUACAGAUUCAAGCCGCACAAUGGUCCCAGACAGUGAAUCCAAUAGUGCUGAAAGAGCUUGUUACACAUAUAUCCUGUCAGCACCCCCAUCUUCUGACUCUGGGGCCGACAAACCAGCAGCGUUCAGACUCUGUGCAAUACGUCAACCUGCCCGACCUGAACCUUGGCCUGGUGGUACAUGCACGACUCAAGGUCAUCCUCGUCACUCUCUUCACAGAGAACACGUACACCUAUGGUGGGAAGAAGCAGCAGAAGAUCGUGCUGACGGUGGAACAGGUCAAAGACAAGCCGGGCACACUGACUCUCUGGGGAAGUUGCGUUUCUUGGCACUCUCGGAUUCAAAGGAAAUUGGACCAUGUCUGGGACUUCAGAAUGCUGCUGGUUGGUCAAAAUGCCAUCUGCGGGGACUUAGAGCUGCACACCACACCUUGGUCGUCCUGCGAGUGCCUGUUUGAUGACGAUGAAAGAGCCAUUGAGUUCAGAUCUAAAUACCAACCCAGCGAGACGGCCUGCGUUAAAGUGAUGGCCCUUUCAACACUAUUACUCACCAGGUAUUCAGUGACUGCUGAAGUAAAGACACACCUCAUUGCAAUUCAAUGGCAUACGCACUCUUCACUUCAUCCUUUAUUCACGAUGGAUGGCGUCACAUCAGUGGAGACUGUCUUGGCUUCUCUUUCCCAUCUUACAUACGCUGGCUGUGGAUACUGUGGCUGUGAGCUAGGACUUGAUGACUACGGCAUCUACAAGCAGUGUAUUCCAUGCUUACCGAACAGUGUCCUGCGGACUUAUUACAGGCCUACGGUGCUGACAUUAGCAGAUGGAAAUGCCAGUGUAGAUGUUUCUGUCUCAUCCAGACUUAUGGAGAAGAUAUUCCUCAAUAUUCCUCCCUCCUCACUACACAAACCCAUAGGUGUGUUUGGCAAGGUGACGUACGGCCUGGUGAUAGCGGAUCUGUGUCGCUCCUUGCUGGCUUAUCCCGCUGACCGUUAUCUACUGACGGUGCAAAGCCAGCUGCAGCUGGAUGAAAACAGCGUGGCCAUGAAGCAGGAUUUCCAACUGUUGGAUUUCCACCCGGACCUGUAAGCCGUGGCCUGAUCACGAACUUCAAUGGUGAAUUCAUCCUCUCUCCUCUCCAGAAGCCAA